CUGUAUCUCUCUCUAUUACACAGAGACACAUACUCCACUACGGAGCAAACCCUAGAAAUGGUCCUUCUAUCCUAAAAAUUCGAACUUUAAUCACUCCCAAAACUAUCCUCACACAGACACACAGAGGCAUCAAUCACUCCACCAACAUGGCCUCUCGAUACAACUCCUUCGAUUCUCGCUCUUCCACACAAUCUCAUCAAUCAGAUCCAUCAUCGUCCACAGAGCUCAGACCCAACCACUCUUCCCUCAAACGCCUAAUCGGAGCCUCCAACACGCGCCGCGGCCAAUCCACGAGCGCCAUCUCGGCCCCCCAAAACUCUUCCCGUGCGCUCGUCAAGACGAAGACCUCCUCCGAUGUAGCUCCGAUCAAGGCGAAGAACGAGCAGAAUUUGAGCGCCAUGGUGAAGAAGUUUAUGGAGAAGCGGUCAAAGCCGAAAACGGCGAAUCGGACUGCUCUGGUAAUUCCGGCGGACUUUAUCGCCGAGGAUUUGAAGAAGACGGCGAGGAAGGGUGCGAAUUUUUCGGGGUUGCAUCGGAAGUUGUUCAGCAAGGGUUCUGGUUCCGGGUCGGCGGGGAAGGAUGAGAGUGAAAGGAAGGCGUUGACAGAGGUGAAGGCGAAUACAAGGAGUUUGGCGAUGGUGCUUAGGAGCGAGAGGGAGCUUUUGAGUCAGAAUAAGGAGCAGGAGGCGGAGAUCAAUGAGCUCAAACUCAUAUUGGAGGAGAAGAACAGUGAGGUGGAGAAGCUGAAGAAUUUGUGCUUGAGCCAAAGGGAAGAGAUAAAUGCAUUGAAGAGCGCUAUACUGUUCCCCGACGUUAUGAAUUCACAACUUCAGCAGCUUUUGGACAAACAGGGUUCGGAACUAAAGCAGGCAAAACAACUUAUCCCAAGUCUCCAGAGACAGGUCACUUCUCUUACCGGCCAACUUCAAUGCCUUGCUGAGGAUCUUGCAGAGGUGAAGUCGGAAAAAUAUUCAGUAAGGGGCUGCUAUGAUCCUCAUGCCAGCUCUCCUAGGACACCAGCAUUUGAUCAAGAAGAGGCUGCUAAUUCUCUGGAUUUCAGCUCUGGGGAUCACACAACCCCCGGUAGUCCAGAUGACAUGUUCCUCAAGGAUUUAAAUCCCUGUUUAACACCCUACUAUUCCACAAAGUCAAAGGAAUUUGAGGCAAUGGGUUAUGAGUCUCCACGAGAUGAAAGAAUGUACAAUAACAAUAUGCAAAUAUGCCAUGAGAUUGACUUCGACUCCCAUGCGAGGAAGCUGUCAAAAAGUUCAGAUCAUUGCCAAUGUUCCAGCUCUGGGAGCACCGCAGUCCGAGUAGCUCGUAGAUCAGAUGAAAGAUGCACAUAUGGAAAGCAAACGCAUCAUAAACUUUUCUAAGUUCUUUAGCAGCCUGGAGUUUCCAUCUAUUGAGCAUUAUUUCCUUUUAUCCUUGGUUCUUUUAUCUUCUCAGAUUGUAAACUCGAAUUCUGGUGAGUGGUCCAUGUGUUAUUAUAUGUCAUAAGAUGCACCAGCCAACAUCUGCGAUUAUUUCAGUGGUGAAGUAGUUGAGGUUCAUUUUUUAGUCUUUACUGUCACUAGGACUAGUGCAUGGUCUGCAUUCCAAUCACAAAGGAAUGUGAAUUUGAUUGAUCAUAAGUUGAAUAAACUCCCAAGAUGCGGUAUAGGAUGUUGUCUGCACAUGUUUGAUGCUGAGCUAUCAUUUUUCUAUCGGAUAUAAAUAUUUGUAAUCAAGUGUUUGGUAUUUGAUUAUUUUGUAUGGGGAAGUAGAAAGUUGUUUUCUGCUGUGCCAUAAUUGAAGAUUUUAUAUUGCUCACAAUUUUAAAUUUUGGAUUUAGAAACACAAGGAUGAUAUUU